AUGGGUCCUCCACCAGCGCCGGUGACAGGACCAGGUGUCAACCUCUUGUCACCAUCCUCCUCCUCAACUGUACCAUCAUACUAUGCUGCUACAAGUGACUCAGGCUCAGGGCUGACCAGUAUCAGCCAGAGCAAGCGCAAAUCCAGUGCACUCAGUGAAGGAGACCAAUCCUGCUCUAAGCAGAACUGGCCUCCCUCAGUAACUGCAACAGCCCAGCAGGAGGGUAGCACGGCACUUACAUCAAUUGCAGGGAGUCUUCCUCAAAUCAUUCGAGGGUUGACCAUUUCUCCAUCUGACCGUCCUCCUGCCACUGACCUUGGGCAUGCGGUCAGUCUGCUUACUCAGACAGAUGGUUUGACUGCGGAUGAUGUCAUGAUCCUCAUGGACUACUUAUCAUCAAACUUGAAUGAGGCGGUAGAAGCUCUCUAG